GGUCGUGCGCUGGUCCCGCCGUCGCGCCCCGACCUGGGCGUUGGGCGCUCCGCGGGCCAGCCCGGCUCUGCUCUCUGGGCCUCAGUUUUCCCACCUUUAAAGCGAGUAGGGGUUGGGGAAGGCUGUGGAAAAGAUCGAGAAGUGCCUGCACCCUGUGCCUUUCAUCCAGACUAAUUUGGCUGCAGUAACUCGUUCAAGGGACGAUCACUUUGGAUAGCUUAUUACAGCUCUUCUCACGACAUUUCCUGGCGUGCAUGUCACAAGUCGCUAGGAUCAAGAACCAAAUUCUCGUCCUCCCGUAAAUGACCGCUGAGGAAGACCAUGAAUGAGACGAAGGAGUCCCUGCGAGGCAUCGAGCAGAAGUACAAGCUCUUCCAGCAGCAACAGUUCACGUUCAUCGCUGCUCUGCAGCACUGCAGGGAGAACGCCCACGACAAGAUCCGGCCCAUCUCCAGCAUCGCACAGGUGCAGAGCUACAUGGAACAUUACUGCAACAACUCCACGGACCGGCGCAUUCUGCUCAUGUUCCUGGACAUCUGCACAGAGCUAAGCAGGCUGUGCCAGAACUUCGAGGCCCUGCACUCUGGCACCCCGGUCACCAACAACCUGCUCGAGAAGUGCAAAUCCCUGGUUAGCCAAAGCAAUGACCUAAGCAGCCUGCGAGUGAAGUACCCUCACGAUGUGGUGAACCACCUCAGCUGUGACGAGGCUAGGAACCAUUACGGAGGCGUUGUCAGCCUCAUCCCCAUGGUCCUAGACUUGAUGAAAGAAUGGAUCGCCCACUCGGAGAAGCUGCCCCGCAAAGCUGUGCAGCACGUGAGUGAGCCCCAGGCACGCCAGGAAGCCACCGCAGCAGCCGCUCCGCCUUCCCGGACCAUGAGCACCCAGUCUUGGUUAAGAAAACACCACCUUAGGCAACUUACAAAACACAGCCCCAAACCAAGGGGGAAAGACAACGGAUGUCCAAAACCUCCCUGGAGACCACCUGGCGGGAAGCUGUAACUCAGAGCUGGCGCCCUGCUGAGCCCCGCGUGUUGGGGUGGGGGGGGGGUGCCGACUCUUCACUUGGGCUCCGGUCAUGGCAACUGACGAACCCCAAAGGGGACUGCCCAAUAUACCACUGAGAACCCGUCUCCCUCUCGCUCACUUUUAACUUCUCACCGCUCCACGCCUCUGGGCUUCAGGCUCUGCGCCAGCUUCCAGUGUUGCCGGGAGAGGCUGGCGAGAGCCGGGGCACUGGCCCGCCUAGGCGCUCCGGGAGCUCCAGGCCAGCGCCCUGCCAGGCCCGCCUCUCCAGGCAGAGCCACCAAGCGGGAGGCCACAGGGCUCCUCUCCCGCCGCUGCGGCCACUGUAGGGUCCCUCCGUCCGCCGGGAUGCUGGGGGCCGGCGCGGUAAACUUCCUCAGUGUCAUUAGGUGUCUGGACCCAAGGGGGAACGAACCUGCCUCUGCUCUCCUUUACUUGGGGGAGGGAGGCCAUGAGAGGGGCCGGAAGGACUCUGCGGCUCCCAAGUAAGACAGUCCCUUGGUUUCCGGGGCGCAGUCAAGGCCCUGACAUCGUAGCCUGCGUCUCUGGCCUCCGAGCCGCUGGAAGUACUGUCUGACUGUUGGUUUUUCCCUUCGCAGGGGGCGACUUAGAUUCUGUAUUCUUGCUUCCUCGGGGGCGACCGUCAAGAAUAAAAAAUGUUCUCCCACCUGUC